CCUCCCCACACACAGAAAGAAACACAUUUUAUAUUCAAAUUCUGUUCUGCAGCAUGUUAACCUCAACUCCAUCCUUUCCAGUGAUUCAGCAGGGGGCUCUCUGAUUGGCUGAGCAACCUGUGACGAAGCACGGUCGCUAACUCUUCUCUGCCCUCCUCCUCAGCCGGGGAGAGAGAGAGAGAGAGAGAGAGAGAGAGAGAGAGAGAGAGAGAGAGAGAGAGAGAGAGAAAGAGACUGCGCUCUCUGAUCCUCCGGACUGGAAACCUAAACAGUGAUCAGACGCAGCUUUCUUUCUCCGGUUUAGCAGCAGGUUAGGCUGUGGUGGCUCUGGCUCUCACCAUGCCUGUCUCGUGUGGACUGAUGCUUAACUGACAGAGACCUUACUACCUACCUACCUCCAGUCGUCUCUCCACUCCUCCCUCCCCACGCUACAUCUCAUCAUCUCCCAUCUCCCGAAGCUGCAUCCUGCCUGUGUCUGCUGGAGGGCUGCACGCAGUUGGAGGGAGAAACUACAAUGUCUGCAGAAAACAGUGGUCAGGAGAGCAUGCUGAGCUACCAGAGGCCAGAUGAAGAAGUGGUAGUGGACCAGGGAGGCACGAGCUCAGUCUUAAACAUCCACUAUGAGAAAGAAGAGCUGGAGGGUCACAGGACGCUGUAUGUUGGGGUGCGAAUGCCUAUGGGCAGGCCGUCCCAUCGCCACAGGAGCUCCAAACAUCGCAAGAGAGAGAGAGUAAGAGCAGGGAGUCUAGCACCAGAAGGAGAGAAUACAGAUGACACAACUACCACCUCACAUGACACACCAUCCCAGAGGGUGCAGUUUAUUCUGGGCACAGAGGAGGAUGAGGAGCAUGUGGCUCAUGACCUUUUCACCGAGCUGGAUGAGAUCUGUGUUAAAGAUGGCAAAGAUGCAGAGUGGAAGGAAACUGCCAGAUGGUUGAAGUUUGAGGAGGAUGUGGAGGAUGGAGGAGAGAGGUGGAGUAAACCCUAUGUAGCUACUCUCUCACUGCACAGUCUAUUCGAGCUGCGCAGCUGCCUCAUAAACGGGACUGUCCUGCUGGACAUGAGAGCUGACAGCAUUGAGGAGAUUGCAGAUAUGGUGCUGGACCACCAGGAAGCAGCUCAUGAGUUGGACGACAGUGUGAGAGUGAAGGUUCGAGAGGCUCUGUUAAAGAGGCAUCAUCACCAAAGUGAUAAAAAGAGGUCUAAUCUGCUCCCCAUGGUCAAAUCCCUCACAGAAUCUGGCAGGAAACAGAGUGAACCGCAAAUGGACAAGAGCGGGCCUGCUACGUCUCCACAGCCUCCUCCUGUAAGCGCUGAUGUGAAAAACGGGACAGGGCAGGAUAAUGGUCAAGUGGACCUCAGUAAGGUGGAUACACACUUCAUGAAGAAAAUCCCAACUGGAGCAGAAGCUUCCAAUGUACUGGUGGGAGAACUGGACUUCCUGGAAAGACCUAUUGUGGCGUUUGUCCGCCUGUCUCCAGCUGUAUUGCUGACCGGACUAACUGAAGUACCUAUACCAACCAGGUUUAUGUUCAUUCUGCUUGGGCCAGAUGGAAAAGCUCAGCAGUAUCAUGAGAUCGGCCGCUCCAUGGCUACUAUUAUGACUGAUGAGAUAUUUCAUGAUGUAGCGUAUAAGGCAAAGAACAGGAGUGACCUACUGGCUGGUAUUGAUGAGUUUCUGGAUCAAGUGACAGUUUUACCCCCUGGAGAGUGGGACCCCUCGAUACGCAUUGAGCCACCCAAGACUGUACCUUCACAGGAGAAGAGGAAGAUGCCUGGAGUGCCAAAUGGUACAGUUGUUCCAGUAGAGGAGGAACCACACGGGGAACACCAUGGACCAGAACUUCAAAGAACUGGGAGGUUGUUUGGAGGUUUGAUUCUGGAUGUGAAGCGGAAAGCUCCGUUUUAUCUGAGUGAUUUUAAAGAUGGAAUAAAUUUGCAGUGCGUGGCGUCUUUCCUUUUCCUCUACUGUGCGUGCAUGUCUCCUGUCAUCACAUUUGGAGGACUCUUAGGAGAAGCUACAGAGGGACGCAUUAGUGCUAUUGAGUCUUUGUUUGGCGCCUCAAUGACUGGUGUGGCGUACUCACUUUUUGCUGGACAGCCGCUCACUAUUUUGGGCAGUACUGGACCGGUUCUAGUAUUUGAGAAAAUCCUUUUCAAGUUUUGCAAAGACUACGACCUGUCUUACCUGUCUCUACGCGCCUGUAUCGGUCUUUGGACAGCCUUCCUGUGUUUCCUUCUAGUUGCUACAGACGCCAGUUCACUAGUCUGUUACAUCACUCGCUUUACUGAGGAGGCCUUUGCUUCCCUCAUCUGCCUCAUCUUCAUCUAUGAGGCCUUGGAAAAACUUGUGCACCUGGGAGAACUCUACCCCAUCAACAAACACAGUGACCUGGACAAACUCACUCUCACAUACUGUAAGUGUGCAGAGCCUGACAACCCUAGUAAUAAGACCCUGAUGAUGUGGAGUGAGAGAAACAUCACAGCUUCAGGAGUGUCCUGGAGUAACCUCACUGUGAAGGAGUGCUUAGAUCUCCAUGGGCACUUUGUUGGGACGGCCUGUGGGCACCAUGGUCCCUACACACCUGAUGUUCUCUUCUGGUCAGCUAUCUUGUUCUUUUCGACAUUCUUCCUGUCCACCUUCCUUAAACAGUUCAAGACCAGCAGAUAUUUUCCAACAAAGGUGCGGUCCAUGAUCAGUGAUUUCGCCGUCUUCCUCACUAUCGUUUUUAUGGUCCUGAUUGACUACGCCAUCGGAGUUCCAUCCCAAAAACUACAAGUGCCCAGCAAGUUUAAGCCUACACGUGACGACCGAGGAUGGCUGAUUAACCCAAUUGGACGGAACCCAUGGUGGACAGUGCUAGCAGCAUCCGUUCCAGCUCUGCUCUGUACCAUACUCAUCUUCAUGGACCAGCAGAUCACUGCCGUCAUCAUCAACCGCAAAGAGCACAAACUGCUGAAAGGCUGUGGCUACCACUUAGACCUGCUGAUGGUGGGGGUGAUGCUGGCUGUGUGUUCUAUAAUGGGCUUGCCCUGGUUUGUGGCAGCGACUGUGCUGUCCAUCUCACACGUGAACAGCCUAAAGUUGGAGUCAGAGAGCGCCGCCCCCGGAGAGCAGCCUCGCUUCCUGGGUAUCAGAGAGCAAAGACUGACUGGCCUGGUCAUCUUUCUGCUUAUGGGCUGCUCUGUGUUUAUGACCGGUGCUUUACAGUUCAUCCCAAUGCCAGUGUUGUAUGGAGUCUUCCUUUAUAUGGGUGCCUCCUCUUUGAAAGGCAUUCAGUUCUUUGACCGUCUAAAGUUGUUUGGAAUGCCUGCAAAGCACCAGCCGGAUUUUAUCUACCUUCGUCAUGUUCCUCUGAGGAAGGUCCACCUGUUCACCCUCACUCAGCUUACCUGCCUCGUCUUGCUGUGGGUCAUUAAGACCUCCCCUGCUGCUAUCGUAUUCCCAAUGAUGGUGCUGGCAUUAGUGUUUAUUCGUAAGCUGCUGGAUUUCUGUUUUACCAAACGGGAGCUCAGUUACCUCGACGACAUCAUGCCCGAGAGCAAAAAGAAGAAGCUAGAUGAUGCCUCCAAAACAGUAGAAGAGCAAGAGUCACAGGAGAUGUUAGUUGAUGAUUCUGACCGAGGAGAAGAUUCAGUACAGAUCCCUAUGGAGAUUAGCAAAACACUCCAUUCGCCAAAAACACCAGACCCUAGGAUUGCCAGUGAAAUGGAACCUUAGGAAUUCCUCAGCCAUUGGAAACCACACGCAAAAACAGAUACAGCCAAACAUGUUUUUUCCUUCAUACUCUUUUAAACAUUGAUUCAGACAAACAUUCACACACACACAAACUCACACACACUAAAUGUACCAUAAUUAAGUAAAGGAGUAGAAGAGUAUACUUCUCUAAACCAAACCAGGUUUUUUUAAUAUGUGUUACAUUGAGCAAACACUGUCUAUGACGUUGCAGUACUGUGCCAUAUAUGUGUAUAUUAUUUUAUUUCCUGGUGACAUUAUUUAUGAAUUCUUGUAAAACAAUAUAAUGGAAAAUGCUGUAGACAUUUUAAACUUAAAUUAAUAUUUGACAUACUACUGUAUAUGUGUUGUGGUGCAUUGUCAGACGAAUAUGAAUAAUCUCAGUAAUAAGAGUAGUGUGUUUUCAGAAUGUGCUUUAGCCGGCUGAAUGGUUAGAGUAAUAAUUUUAAAUUCAUAACAUUUAUGUGCCUGAAGAUCCUAAUUGUUCCAGUGAGAAAUAGAUUUACUGGGUAAAUAUUGGAGGCUCAGAACCAGAAUGUAUCGUAUUGUAAUAAAUUAGUCACUGAUAAAUAUACUCAGUGCACUUAAGAAUGAGCAGUCCUGAACCCCCGGUUUUGUGUGAUUGUUUUAUGUUAGUCAGUGCUGAAAAUGAGCAAUAAAAGGCAACCAGGGAUGACAGUGGGUAAGAAGAGGCUGGGUGAUUGUCAAAUAGCAAUUUUUUUUGGAACCAUCUGUAAAAUGUUCUCAUCGUUCGUAAGCACACCCCUCUGUAAUAAGCACUGUAGAAGUGAAUUAAACAGAUAUAUGUUAAAUACAAGAAAAAGAAAGGCUCCUCAGGGUAUAGAGAUGGAACCUUCAUGUAAAGCCACGCUCUGCAAUUUUAAAAGCCAUUUUAUGAUGUGUACAGUACAAUCCUGUACACAUGAAAUGCAGUUUAUUUCAGAUAACGCUAAAUCAUUAAGCUAAAAACAACAAUCUUAUCCCAUUUUCAGUAUAUACAAGAUAUUGACAUAAUUGUUUACAAACAGAAACAGUGUAUUUUAAGCCUUUUCAGGUUACUGACUAUUAUUUCUUGCAUCUGUUCUGUGUGAGAAUUUCUUCAGCUUUAAAUAAGCAAAUUAAGUGGCAGGGUCACUUGUUUUGCUAGAUUUUUAAGCACCUCUCUCCAUCUUUAUUACAGACCAACCAUUGUUUUUUUAUGUGUAUAAUAUGUUUUAUUUUAACCAUAAUAAAAAGAAAUAUUUAUUUGUAGUUGCACUUUGUGUAGAUAAACAACAGAUAUGAUUUUCUAUUUUACGAGAAUUAUUUCAGAGAGUAAAAGUGUGUAUUUAUUUUAGUAAAAUUUCUUUUUGUAUGUAAUUGUAAUAACAGCUCAGUGAAUGCAUUUACCUGCAUGGGUAACACAAAUGUAUAUUUCUCACAGGAAACUGGCUUUAGCUUCCAUACAAAUGUCCAUUAGGCCAUACUUAACCAUAACAACAGUUUCAGUGCAGAUAGGGAUAUUUAUAAGGAAUGUCUACAAAUGCAUUAGAAUGUCAUCAAUACUGCAUCAGUGUUGUAAAUGUUCAGAUCAUGGAUGUGCUGUAUACUGGAUUCUGAUUGUCACUGACACUGUGAUGCUCACUACAUUUAAAAAAAAACUUUUGAAAAAGUUUUUUUUGAGGGGGAGGAUGGGUCAGUUUUCUCAUGCUGCCAUUAUUCAAUAAAUGCAUGUCACUGAGAAACUGAAUGUCAUUUUAAUGAAAUGACUUAACAGAUUUACUUGAUAAGCAUUUGAGCAGUACAGCCUUAGUUGAGCAAUUAACAUCUUUCUCAGAGUCACUUGGCAGCAUUUAUAUCAAGACUGCUUUACUUCUUAUUCUGACAGUCUGUGUUUCCCUGGUCUAUGGGAACUUGUCUAGACCAUUCAAUUCUACACUUAACCAAUUAGUCUCUUUGGCCAUAAAACUACCAUAAGAUACCUCAUGCCCUGCUGCUAACUGUAUCUUUAUACAUUUGUGGGGUUUUUUUAACUAUUAAUGAAAUUAAGUUCAAAUUAAUUAAAAUAUAGUAUAUGGAAAUGACUAGUCCAGUCCGUUAUCAGUACUAAUAUAAAUACUAUGGCAUGACAAGGUUUAAGCACCCCUGGUCAAGUAGUUAAGUGAGUAGAAAAUAAACUUAUCUUUUUUAGACAUAAAGUUAAAGAAUAUACUUUCUUUUUAAACAUUUUAAAAUUCUAGCAUUAUUUUGUUUUGAGCACUUUCAGAGUAAAAGGGGAAAGGGAGGAUAAAGUGAAAGGGAAAGGUUCGGUCUUUCUUAGAGUUCUGAACUCACAAAAGACUUUUACCAAAGUCUUAGACCUUAAUUAGCUUGCUAUAGCUAUGGCUUGUUGGCAGUAGUCAAGAUAAUGUCUGGAAGAUCUAUUAAAAUCAUAUAAUUGGUAGCAGGAGUGGUGGUACUCUCUUCUACUGUGCAUAAACACCUUUACAAAUAUGGCCUUCAUAAAAUUACAAAAUUCAUUAGAAAGGUAAAAGGUAACAUUAAAAAGAGCCUGAUGUAUUUUGAAAGCCAGUAAUGUGAGCUUAAGUGUAAGAUUUAUUCAUAUUUCACUCAUUUUACUUUUCAUAAUAAUAUUUUGCUAUUUUGAUCAGGGGUGCUGAAACGUUUGAAUGUGAAUAAUCUUCUUAACACAGUUGUGUGGAAACAGAAUGUUAAUUACAUGAAUAACCUGCCAAUAAACUGUUCUGAUAAUUGAAGGAUAUUUUAGGUACGUGUCAGUUGAAAAUGUUAUGUAGGCCAAAGCUAAUAAAAAGUACUGUAACUCUAUUUGAAUUGAAUAUUACAUUUAUUUAUGUAAUUUAGUGCAUACAGUAUAUGUGUGCUGUUCCGACUGUGCAUUGCACUGUUGUUUCCACUGUAAAUUAAAUCUGUUCUUUGAUUCUCAUCAUGCUGAACACAACUAACACUUCUGAGGUAUGCUGUUAUCCACAUCUGUUGGAUAUUUAUUAGAUUUAAUUAGAUUUAUUAGAUAUGAUGAGAGGAUGAGUAUAUUGCUUACAUAACAAGAGUGUUUCCAACUUAAUCUCAAACCUUCCACUGGGCCAAAUUAAUAUCUAAAUCAGUAAAUCUGUCUGAGACCUAUGUUUUUUUCUAUGCUUACCUCCCCUACCUCCUUUUAUCUCAGAUGAACAUUAAAACCAGCAGUACUUGUGUGUGUUUGAGUGUUUGGCCCUUUUCAUUCUCAGACAGCAGAGAAAAACUGAUAUACUGGACCCUACUGUGUUUACCCCAACAUCCAUUCAUCCAUUACUAUAAUUGCAUGGGCAGAGCCAGCAGAGAGAAAAUGAACGAGUGCAUAGCAAGAACAUACUACUUUUGUGCUGCUGUGGUAUAGAACCACUGAGAUUGUUUUGUCAAAUAAACUGUAUAAUUAAUGAUUGAAACUAGUUUGACUUAAAAAAUAACAGUUAUAAUGUUUGCAGUUAUAAAAUGUAGUUAUAAAAUGUUUUUUUUUAAUGUCCAGUUUCCCUGAUUUUGAAUUAUAAGCAAAAUAAAAUAUAUUGAACAUAUUC